GACCCGGAAAUAGUAUUACUAUUGUUUUAAAUGACGUCGUGAAUCUUCUUGGAUGAGCCCAAUGGGGAUAACUGAAGUGGCAAGAUCCAUGCUGAUGUGACUGACCCCUGCGAGUAUGCGGUAGCCAUUUAGUCCAAACAGUGUGUGUGUCCAUGUGCACCUGAGCUGGUGGUAAGUGUGCAUUGCUGUGUGUGAAAGGCAAUGCUAUGGUGAGGCGUGUCAGCGAUGACGGAUGUGGAGGCGACCUAUGAGGAUUUCAUCGCUUCUCGACGAUCCGGCCGGAGGAAUGCCAUCCACGAACUCCCAGCUGCUUCAGGAGCGCAAGGACCCACUGACCUAUCGCAAAGUCUGGCACAGCUUAACAUCAACAAAUCUGGUGAUGAGGAAGACGAUGGUGAGAAAAACCAGGACUCUCCAGCUAAAGAAGAGGAGGCUCAAACUGAAGGCAGCUAAGUGGCAACAAGCAUCAUAAAAUGAGCCCUGAAUAGUGACUGUCAGCGGACGCAGCAAGAUCCCCUACUGCCACCAUCCCACCACGAAGAGGUCAUUGCUAUGGCGACCACAGUGGAGUCUCUCUGAUGUACUUCAGCAUGUUUCAGCAUCCUUGUUUCCUUGCUGCCUUUCCUCUACGGCCGCUAAUACAGGAUUGGAUGUGAUGUGUGGUGAAUGCACCAUGACAUCAACAACCAAAACCACCUCUGUUUGACUGUUAGUGGUCCUGACUGUAAAGGAAAAGGAGGGAAAAGACAAGAAGGAGAAAAAAAGGCCAUUCAAGGCUUCCUGUAAGUGUUGCUACAAAAUGGGAACUUGCCUCCCCCCUUUCUUGCCGUGACUGAAUCAGCACUGAUUUUCUGAGACACUUUCUGGCAAGCGAGCACAGCGACUAGACACUUCCUCCUGCUCUGCAAGUUUUGCGUCACGUCCCCUCUUUUAUUCCAUGCUCACUAUUGACUGUUAGCAAUAUCUGUGAUUUUUCUGUGUUUGUGCUCACUCUGGUUAUCGGAUUUUCAGCUUUUUUGUUGACUUUUUGUGGACGUAAUCUCACAACGACUCCCUGUAUUUUGUCUGUCCAUGCAGGUUGUGUUAUUUUAGACAUUACUGGUUGGAUUUUAAAGCAAUGGAGGGAAAUAAUGUUGCAUGCCAUUGUUUGUAUUAAAUAAUCUAGUGAAUAGUAAAAUACAAGCCAGUCUAAUCGGGUUUAGCAACGAUAGAUGUCUUGACUGUUUUAGUAAAAAGCAAAAUAACAGUUACUAUGUUUACAAGCACAGCAAUAUUCCCAGUAUUGCCUUAAUCGUAAUAAAAUAAUAUUCUGAUUCCAGUGUUCAUAUAAGUUGCAGGAUAUUCUUCUUAAUAUUUAGGGUGUAAAUCACAAUAUGAUGUUUUGAUAAAUUAGAAAACAAUUCAAUUCUUUCUGAUAUCACUGACAACAUAAAUUCUUCUACGAUCAGAUUUCAGUUCAGUUCGAUUGUGCAGCCGGCGAUCAAUAUGAGACGAAAUCACAUGCUGAUUUAGCAUUUAGCAUUAUAUCAAAUCAUGAAAAGAAAUUAAGACAUUACAAAGGCAAUUUUACUCCUCAGCUCAAUCAGACUUUAAAAGAAAAACUAUACGUGGACGGUGCUGCAUUCUGUAUGUUGAGCUUUAUAAUAUUCACAUUAUACAGUAAUUACAGUACCAGCCAAAAGUUUGGACAUGCCUUACAAUUCAAAUUUAAUGAGUAAGUGUGCCCAAAAUUUCGACUGGUACUCUACUUAUUCCCAUUAAUGUUUUUACUGUAGAGUAGCGGAUGCCAUAUAUAAUUAUGGUAUGAUUUAGGCGUAUACGCGUCCACACAAUAUUUACGUAUUGCUUCUUAAUAUCAGGUUCAUAUCAGAAUGUUGUUGUGCAGGUAAACAUAGCCAGUGUUUUUUUUUCUCUCUCUCUACUGGUAGAUCUGUUUUGUUGUUGCACUUAUCAAUAACUUUGACUUACUUCAGUCAAAGAUUUCACCCUCCUCUUCAGUGUCCACCACAGGAAAGCUUGGACAUAGUUGGUUUAUAAGACUGCUAGGUUGUGAAGGAUUAGAGAUUCACUUUGCUAAUCCGAUCUGAAGUUUGGUAUACCAUCAUUUCUUUUUCACUUCUGAGCACCAAAACCUGUAACGUCUCUCUUCUGUAUCGUUACAUGUACAUGGGUAAUCAUUAACUUCAAAUGUUCUUUAUAUUUUGUAGUUGUAUUCAUGUGAUUGCUAAAAGGUUUUCAGAUUUUUGGUGAUAGGAUUUCUCAAUUACUCUUCAGUUUAAAUGAACAUUGUUAGUUUUUAAUGCCUUUACUAUAUGCGAUGGUAGUGGAUGCAAAAAUUCUAGUUCAGAUGAAACUGUUUUCUAGUCAACCUUGGAAGUAGAUCAACACACUGCCAUGCAUCAUAUCAUAAUGUGUGUGUGUGUGUGUGUGUUUGUUUAUAGUGUGAUUUGUACUAUUUGCUACUGGAGAUUAGAAAAACUGCACUACUGACAGCACUCAAGCAUACCUGUGUGAAUUAUAGUUUAUUCUUCUUUAUCAGGUGAAUAUUGUAUGCUUGCAUUCCUGUUGAUAGGAUGUCUGUUGGAAUGAUGGAAUUGUAAAGACUGCCUAUAAACCUUUUCACUGUAGAGAAAAUAAAAUAAAAACACAUUUAAUACUGUAAAUAUUCUGCCUUGUUUUGUAACAGCUGUCAAAGACGUGAAUAUCAAAUAAAAAAAUGUCUAUAAAUC